GUCUAGGAAGUAAUUUUCAUAGCUUAGUGAUCUUGCUUUGAUAGCUCAAAUUUAACGUUAAAAUAGGUGGACCUCUGCUCGCAUUUUUGUUCUGUAUUGUCCUCUGUUGUUUCUAAGCGAUUUUCCAUUUGCUUAAGCGACUCGGCGAAAACCAGGCUCCGUGAAACUGUCAAGCCUUUACUUCAAGGAAUUAACAGUCCAUGAGUCGCAGUCGAAACCCCCCUGCUAGGGGUCAAGGGGCGGCGCGUGCUAAACAGAUGGGGCUGCUCCUUGACCUUACCCCAGAUGGAGGGAUGGAUGAUGAUGGAAAUGAUGAGGAUCUUGAGUCAGAGCUCCUCAGUCUGGUGGGAGGAGGUGGGAGACCACAAGGGAAAAAAGGUGAAGGGAGAGCUCCUGUUCCCAUGGCUGAAAUUGAGCGAAUGACAGCUCUUUGUAUGAAAGAUCUGGAUGAAGAAGAAAUGGGGGAUGAGGAUUUGGAUGAUGAUGAAGAUCUCCUGGCAGAAUUGAAUGAAGUUCUGGAAGACGAUGAAGAGCACACUCCUGCUCCAACACCUCCUGCUGCCACACCCACUGCUCCGAAAGUGAGCAUCACAUCCCACUCUUCUCCUUGUGCUCCCAGUGGUGCAUCUGGGUUGGAGUCCCGCCUAUUGGAGCGCAUUGAAAUGUAUCAGACUGCCAUAUGCAACUCCAAGACAGCAGGCGAGACUAGCAAAGUUCGAAGAUAUGACCGAGGGUUAAAGACUUUACAAUCCAUGUUAACGUCUGUCAAGAAAGGAAAGCCAAUAAAUGAAGAAGAGAUCCCUCCCCCUGUUGCUGUUGGGGGAAAGUCAAAUGAACCAGAGAAGGAACGAGAAGUGCCAGGGCCAGCACUUAUGCCCUCCCCUUCCUCCAUUCAGAAACCUCUGAGAGAGGCUGCGCCAACCGUUCCGAACACUAAGCCAAAGCUUCUGACCCCUCCCCAAAAGCCUGCUGCUGCCAUCACUCCAGACACACCUGCUAUCUCUCCCCUUACUCCCAGCCAGCCAGAUGCCCAGCACUCAGAGCUGAAACAGGCUGUGUUGUCCAGACAAAGAGAGUACAAGAUGGCUGCCAUACACUCCAAACAGAACGGUGAUAUUGACCGGGCCAAACAGCAUUACCUCACUGCAAAGAAUCUCGACUCGCUGCUGGAAGCACUGGACCAAGGUGAACCAGUACAGCUGAGCUUACUUCCUCCUCCUCCUGGAGACAUUGUAGCAGAGCACCAUGCAGCUCCUCCUCAGUCUUCAUCUAAACCUGCUGCUCCUGCUGCCCCUACUGCUGCUCCUGCACCCACCCAGGUGCCCACCGCUGACCUUCCUGCUCCCAGUAGUUUGGCAGAGGCCCUUCAGCAGAGGAUGGACAUCUAUAAGCAGGCAGCAGAGGGAGCCAAGAGCAAAGGAGACGAACGCAAGGCUCGCAUGCACCAGCGCAUUUUGAAACAAUAUCAAGAUGCCAUAAGAGCACAUAAAGCGGGCCGACCUGUCAACUUGUCUGAUCUACCUGUGCCACCAGGCUGUCCACCACUUCAGGGCUCAGAGGGGAGUCAGCAGAACUUCAUAGGUGUCCUGGAAACUGCUAUGAAAAUAGCAAAUCAGGAUGCAGAAGCAGAAGGUGAAGAAGAGGAUGGACAGAGAGAGGCUGCCAAGCCUGCAGUGCGUCCACCUGCCCAGAAAGCUAAGUCUCCUGCUCCUCAGCCCCCUGGAGGAUCCUCAGCUCCAAAAUUGGGACCUAAAGUUCAGCAGCAAGUGGACUUCUUGUUGCUACGACGACAGGCUUUUUUGCGUGCAGCACUGCGUUCCAAACAGAUGAAGGACAUGUCUGGAGCAGCACAGCACCUCAGACAUGCCAAGGGACUGGACCCCAUGAUCACUGCUGCCAAGUCUGGCCUUCCUGUUGAUAUCACCAAGAUUCCAAACACUCCAGUAAGUGAGGAAGACUACUCACUGACUCGCUCCCGGACCUCCCCUGUCUCCCCUCGCUCCAGUGAGAAGUACCGUGGUCUCAUGGAUCUGUUACGAAAGCAGCAUGAGAAAUGUCUGGGCCUCUCUCAGCAGUUCACCCUCACGGGCAACGUAGCCGAGGCCCUAAAGUUUGAAAAGCUAGUUGAGGAGUCUAUGAACAGUAUAGAUAUUCUGAAGAAUGCCCAUGCCAAGGGUCAACCAGUCCCCAAGUGCCACACAGAGGAAAGGACCUUCAACUCUGUCAAGAUCUACUCCAACCUGACACCUAAUGAACUGAUGCUGUACAUCAUCCGAGGCAUCAACCUACCAGCUCCACCAGGUUUCUCCCCUAAUGAUCUGGAUGCCAGCGUAAAAUUUGAGUUUCCUUUUCCCAGCACAGAGGAGGCCCAGAGGGACAAAACCAGCACAGUGAAGAACACCAGUAGUCCAGAGUUUAAAGAGCAGUUCAAACUUAACAUUAACCGGGCCCACAGAGGCUUCAAACGGGUUAUUCAGUCCAAGGGCAUCAAGUUUGAAAUCGUCCAUAAAGGGGGUCUGUUUAAAACAGACAAAGUAGUUGGGACGGCUCAGCUGAAGCUGGAGGCGCUAGAAAACCACUGUGACGUCAGAGAGAUCAUAGAAGUGAUGGAUGGACGUAAAGCUACAGGUGGAAAGUUGGAGGUGAGGGUGAAGAUCAGAGACCCUGUGUCAGGAGUUGAUCUGCAUCCAGUGACAGAGAAGUGGCUGGUUCUUGAGCCAGUCUCGCCACUUUCUCCUCCAGAGAAAGAAAAGGAGCAGGCUCCAUCUCCUCGGUCUAAACCCAAACAUGAAGCAAGUAGCAGAAGCAGUCAUUCCAACAACUCGGAUCCACAGUAUAAACUCCACAGCUUCAGCCUCCUCAACUAUGACAAGGAGCGGUUGGAGAGGAAGAUCACAGAUUACCGAAAGAAUCGGCGGGAUCCCCCAUCCGACCUCAUCCAUCAACACAAAGAGAUCACACACAGACUGCAGUGGCAGAAAGCAAUGCUGGAACGAGGCUCUUCUGCUAUGCUCACAGAGUAUGAAAACGUGCUGCGGCGCUUAACGCAAGGGCUCUCGGAGUCCGUGAAGAAAUUCUCCAGUCAAGGCAACAGGGAUGCUGCAAAAGAUGCACUGGGCAGGAUGAAGAUGGUAGAGAGUGAGCUGGAAUCGCUGAAAAGGAAACGCACUGGAUGAGAGAAGAAGGAAGUCGGGACUUGGCUGGAGUACUGUUAUCUCUGUUCCUCGCUCAUACACACUCAAAUACAAAAGCUACAGUUGGUACAAAAAGCACCUUCAGUGUGAUCUUUAUGCUGCUUGUGUCUAAGACAACUGCAUGAACCAACCCGCUAAUUCUGUCAUUCGCAUAACUUCCCACAUGUCAGUAGUUUCCUGCCACGAAAAAAACAAAUGGCUGUAAAAAAGGACACAGAAGAAGAAAGCAUUUCAAGACAAAGAGCUGAGGGAGAUGCAGACUUUUUGCACUUAAACACUACAGAAAACUUCUUUUGCAGCUUUUCAUUGGGAAUUACCAGGGGAAAAUCCGUUGUUUUACAUUUGCCACCAGCUCCUUUGGUGUUCACAGAUGACCAAAAAUGUGUGUGUGUGUGUGUGUGUGUGUGUGUGUGUGUGUGUGUGUGUGUGUGUGCUCUGAGGUGUGUUUAACUAAUAGACUGAGGUGGAUUUAACCCUUUCUCGCCACCUUUUAAGUGUGUAAUGAGCUUAAUCUAAUCUGUCUGCACCAGUGUUCCCAGAUUACAAUAAUCUGCUCAGUUUGGAGUUCUGUGAUAUGGGAAUAAAAAAAAAUCUAAAAUGUAAAAAGAGGGGCUUCAGGGUGCCAGCAUCUACAUCCCAUAAUGAAGGAUUAGUGUUAUGUCACAAAGGAGAUGACUAGAUGUAGACGUCAAGUUGCUUUAAGGGGCUGGAAGAAGAGGUGUUUUCAGAGUGCUAUGGAUGUGGCAGAAGCUUAGCUUUGCAAAGGGAUUGCUGCGUCUUCAUCAGCUGUUUCUUCUCUCGAUUUUUCCUCAUCUUCACACUUAUUUUUUGCACACGCUCAGAUUAUUCCAUCUUAUGUAUUUGGCUGUCCCACUAAACAAUGUUAAGUCCCGUCUCCUGUCAGUUAGAAAAUAAUUAACAGCUGGGGUCAAUCUGCUGACGUUUACAAAAACGAUACUGUCCCACCGACAUCUCCAGCUGCAGCACAGGAAGACGCUGCAGCAUGUGUCCGCGUGGCAAACAUAGACGUCCUGGAAUGAAUCACUUGUUACAACACUAGAUGUACAAAAACGUAAUCUGGGAAAUGCCACAGUUCUGAGCUGUGGUUAAUACUCCUGACAGAUGCUUCCUCUGUAUGUUUGACAACCUGCCAACCCGACUGCAGCUGAGUUUACGUCCAGCCAGGAUGUAGCAGACUUCUUUAAAGACAGCCAGACUCUUGUUGUGAUUUUUUUAAUGUGUUUGUAAUGCCUGCUAACUCUACUAAUAGUUUUUUUUUUUCUUUUAGUCAUGUGACAUCAGAUAAUCACGUGUGCAAAUUAAUCCGCCUCGCUCCAUUAGCAAAUAAUCCUGGUUAAAGUUGGCCCUCAAAAGUGCAGUGAUUUUUAUGUAACACUCCUUCCCCCUCUCACAUUUUUUUAAUCAAGAGUAGAUUUCUUCUGACUCUGUGUAUGUUAUUUUGAUCAGCGGAUCUUUUUAUAUGGACAAAACACAAAGAUGCCAAUAGUGGAGUAAUAAUCCUUUGCUCAUUCUGGGACAGCAGUUAAAGAAACAUAAUGGCUCAUUUUUCCAGUUUUUUGUUUUUGUUUUUGUUUUUUUAACACAACCCUGUUUUGGAUCAGUUUCCAUCCUGUGUGAUAGAUACUACAGUAUGGAAUGCAGUUUCCAUACUCCCAUGUGCAAUGAUUUCCAUUAAUUUUAGUGUAGCGCAAAGAUCGUUUAACAGGCUCUUAAAACUUGACUUGGAGCCAAAUGAGUCCUCAUUAAUAUUUGUCUUUGAUGGAUUUAUGCAGUCCUGCUGUUUAGAUACUGAUUCAUCUGGGAAGGUUUGUGUUAGGAUAGAUUUUAAUAAUGUAACUUUGACAAUCAGUGCUUACACAUUUGAAGCUGUUUUCAAGGGUUUGCUUUUAGGUUUUUUACAUCUCAGAAAUGAAUGAAGAACAAAAGCUACUUGAAAAUAUAAAUGAAAAUUAAUUUAAAAAAUCUUGUCUGCAACUAACUUUUAGGGUUUGGUGAUUAAUUGUAGUCUUUAAUCAUUUUUGAUAGAAAAAAAUUCACUGAACUAUUUUCCUUUUCCCCCAUUUCAUUAGAUUUAUAUUAAUUGUUUUGACAACUUUGACCACUACCAUUUGCUAGAAAUUGAUGAUGAUAAUAAUAAUAUUGGCCUUCAGUUUAUCUACUCUCUGUGAUACUUGGGUCUUUGGUGGGUUUUGCAGCUAAAUAUAUUACAUUGAUGUCAGUAGAUGCUCAUCAAAAAGCAGUUCAGAGUCCAAAGCAGGCAGACUGAUCAGGUUUCUGUUAAACAAAAGCAACACCCCAACAUGGUAAAGCCUCAGUUCUGUUUCUUGACAAAUCGUGUGUUUAGAAAGGGACAUCUCAGGCAGUCGCAGAACAAAUCAGCAUAACUUUGGCAAAUCAAAGCGAUGUAUAUUAUCUAUUGUCCUGUGUGUCGGUACUGGCUUGUGUCCAUGGCUAAAUAAUAGGAAACAAUGGAAAUACAGCCUGAAGAAAAAUAUGCCACCACACACUUUUAGGUGCAAGACAUAAUUGACAAUAGGGUACUUUUCUUUGAGUUAUGUUGUUUUUAUUUAUCAUUUUUGGCUGUUUCUGGCUGCAGGUCCUCAAGGUGAACAGUAGUUGCUGUGAAACCGCAGAGAAGGGGGUGCAGGUUGUAAACAACAGGAACAUGAUUAUUGCAGUGUGACAUUUGUUCAUUUAAUUUUAAUGUUUCACAUAGAUAAAUGAAAUCAAAGCAGGUAUGCAAAACUAUUUUGGCAGUUAUGUAAUAAAAAUGACAGAUGUACUGUCUUCAUUUCUAAUUCUGAACUUGACAAUCAUUUACUAAAAACUCAAAGUAGCUUGCAAAACUGAAGCUGAAACAAUGUUUUUUUUUUUUUUUUUUCCUUGUUUGACUCAUGUAGCACUUUCAUAAACAGUAAAAGGCUGUAAAUGAAGGUUUUGUGUGCUGUAGUCAACACAAAUAUGGAGAUUUAUCAUGCAAGUGAUGGAUACCACAUUCAUGAAUGUAGCAGCUGUAUGUCCUGGUUAAAAAAAGAAAAAUAAAAUAAUUGCAACGACUAAAGAACAAAAAGUAAAGCUCUGACCCCCAUCUCAUCCCAAACAAAUCCGCAUCACCCCACUCUUCAAAUAACCUCCUGGCCACUGAGGCUAUCCUGUUGUCAUGACAACAAGCUCAUCAGCAUUCAGUGUGGUAGGACAGGGAAAGAAGGACAUAUUGUUAAAAUUUGUCCUGCUGGUGACUCACACUCUUGCAUUUACAACACACACACACACACACACACUCCUUACUUUAAUUGUUUUUUUUCUCCUUUUUCCUCCUCUGUUUUUAGUUCUACUCUCCAUUGUCUUUUAAAAAGUUCAUUUUUUGUUAAGGCUGUCCUGAUCUGAUCAAGCAAAUGCAUUAAUUCAUUGUUGAAUCUGUAACAUUUUUUUAAUCAGUCGAUAUAAAUGUAGUAUUUAUAUAUAUGGAAUAUAUACAGCAUAAUAUGCCCUGUCACUAUUUUUAAGUGCUAGCCAUGAUGAUUGGUGCUGCUCAAAGUGGGAAUGUGUGACGGCCUGAUUGUUAAGGCUUUAUUAUCAUAUGUAUGAGGUUGGUGUCAACAUGAAUAAAAUGGUGAAACAAC